AGACUUUUCAUUUGGUCGUCGGGUAGCGUGUAGAUCAGUUGCCUAUGAUUCGACACCGCAAUCUGGUAGAUACGACUGUCGGUUUUUCAAGGUGUCUAGCUGCACUCUAAGAAAUAUCGAAUAAAUCACCUGAGUGCAUAUACAGUGAUUGUAAAUUAUUUUAGAGCAAAUACGGUUGUGUGACACCCAACGGUUUAGAUAAGAAAACCUAAUCCUUUCACGCCGACGCACAACCGUGAAGCUUGCGUUAAUUUAGAUUCAAACAUCAAAUGAGUCUGUGUGUUCCUUUUGUUUUAUUUUACAAAGAUCAGUCGUGAAAGUGCACACUGAUACGGUGGUUAAUCCGGAAUCCGGUUAGAGAUUUUCCGAAGAAAAUGCACCUGAAGUGUUUAAAGGUUGUUCGCUUGGUAUUAAGAUGCUAACGGUACAUAUAUCUGAUGCAUAGUAGGCUCGUCGUUAGUGUUCAUUGAAUGUGAAAAGUGAAUUUAUUAAUUCAGUGUAGUCGACGAGGCCGCAUGCUUCGCAUAAUUAAGUAUCUACAGAUUGAUAGCUUAGAUGCCAAUCACUCGGCGAGAUUGUGUGAAAUAAACGAUAAAUUCAUGCACCAAGUGCAAGUGCAUCAAGAACGACUGCAUUGUCAUCAUCCAUCUACAUCUGAAGAGAAUCUCAGACAGUAUUUGUUUCGUCGUGCAGGUGUUACUACUUCCUUGUUUCGUUAUGUCGGUGUGGACAACCAGCACGACUGGUUUAGAUACAGUCCUUGCUACUCUGGGAACAACAGUGCCAACAAGCAAUUCGAACCAGCACAACACGAACAAUUCCAAAAAUCACAGUCCGCAAUAUUUGCUGGUGCAAGCUCUGAAUGGCAAUUUGCUAACCGGCAGUGGGAGCAGCGGUGGUAGCCAGAGCCCUCAACAUCACGUCGGCAAUCACCAACACGGGAAUCAUUUACCAAACAAUCAUCAUACGCCGAGUCAACUAAGCUACAGUCAAUCGUCGCUGAAUUGGAAUCGCAAUAAUAACACCCAAUCAGUCUACAAUCACAAGCCUUCCAGACGUUCCACUAAUAACAGCAUGUCACAAGCCGGAGAUGAUUUUCAUUCGCCCAGCUAUUUGUCCUGGCGGAAGCUGCAGUUGAGUCGGGCUAAAUUGAAGGCAUCAAGCAAGACAUCGGCAUUGCUAUCUGGAUUCGCUAUGGUAGCAAUGGUAGAAGUGCAGCUCAACAACGAUACACAUGUUCCAAUUGGCAUGUUAGUGGCGUUUGCUAUUUGUACAACUCUCCUCGUUGCCGUUCAUAUGUUAGCCCUAAUGAUAAGCACAUGUAUACUUCCCAAUAUCGAGACAGUUUGUAAUUUGCACAGUAUCUCACUUGUCCACGAAUCACCUCACGAACGACUCCAUUGGUAUAUAGAAACAGCGUGGGCAUUCUCCACCCUGUUAGGUCUUAUCCUAUUCCUACUCGAAAUUGCUAUAUUGUGUUGGGUGAAAUUUUAUGAUUUGAGCCAAGCAGCUGCAUGGUCAGCGUGUAUUGUACUUAUUCCCGUACUUAUAGUCUUCCUGGCGUUUGCCAUUCACUUUUAUAGGUCAUUAAUGACACAUAAAUACGAAGUAACCGUGUCGGGUAUUCGUGAAUUGGAAAUUUUGAAAGAGCAAAUGGAACAGGAUCAUAUGGACCAUCGUCGGAAUGGAGUGAAUUUCGAUGGCGGUGAAAUUGUUUAGGAUAGUUUUGAUAGAGAUGUUAAAGUUUCUGAUGAAUACGUUGUAUUGCAAUGAAACAUUUCAUGAUUUUGUUGCUGAAAAUAUUGUAGCCGCCUAGAACGGGGAGGAAAAAUGGUCGAUCAAUUUUGUAGUAGGUACAUUUGAGGAGAAAAUGUGGGCAUACAGUGAAGUUAUUAAUUUGAGUUAGAUUUGCUUCUUUCGCUUAAUGCUUUUUGAAAGUUGGUCGCGAAAGUUUAUUUAAUUAAUUGAUAUAGAUCUAUAGAAGAAAAAAUUAGUUAUUUAAUCCAAUAUCAUCGCACAAUGCGAUCUAAGCCAAUGAAUCUGUUCCCCGUUAUAUUAAAUCGAUAUAGCAGUAGUGAAUCGACGGGUCAAAUACAUUAUCCACAUUUUCUCCUCGUUUCAAAUGUGAUGAAAUAGUUUCUAUGUAAAACUUAAUUUUAAAUAUGUUAAUAAUAAUUAAUACACUUAGCAAAGUAUCUAAUAUUAAGCCAAGUACAACAACUCGAAUGAUUUUUAUAUUUGGAGCAGGAAUCUGUUGUUGCUAUUACUUAUUGUUCUGAUACACGAGGUGAGAACCGGGAGCCUCAAAAAGACUUAAGUAUACUCUAUGAAUAUAACGAAUAUGGAAAAUUUUAUACAAUUCAUAUUGUAUCGAUACAUUUAAGUAUAGUGCAAUGACUACAUGUCGAAAAAAUAAAUUAUAUUUAUACAAAAAA